CUCCCAUCACCCCACGAACGGAUUCCGCCCUUUAGAUCCCCGUUUCAUAAUCUUCCCCAAUUUAACUGAGGCAAAAAUCAAGAUAGAGCGGGCGCCCUACCUUGCCCUACUGGGUCCUCCGCCCGUGGCUGGAGAGAUUGAUUCCUUGCCAGAGGACCUAACCUACACCCUAAUUCCAAGGGGGUAAGGGCGUAAGGCAGUGUUCUGCUAUUUGCCAGCGCGCACGAGUGCCUAGCGCGCCGGAUUACGUCUUUUGUAAUCUUGGUAAAACAGAAAGAUGUCUGAUACAGUGUCACCCCCUUAUUGUAGUGUGUGGAGCUGACAAUGAGUGAGGGGAAAAGUAUUCACGUUGACCUUGAGAAAGGACUUCAUCAAAUGCCUAAUGAUGACGAUUCAAGUAGCCCUGCAACUAUGCAGAAGAUGAAAACUGAUAUGGAAGAUUCUGGGAGCAAAAUUGAAUCCCCGACUCCAGAGGCGCCUGAAUCUGGAAGGAAGGGGAUUAUUAUAAGCUCACUGGCAAGGAAUUUACUUGCAGAUAGGUACAAGGACAGAUUAGCUGAGCAGGUGUUUGGAGAUGAGGAUGAAACAGACGAUGAAGAUGAUAACAACAAUAUCCCUUCUGUUGACAGCCAAUCAAACAGACUUCUUGAGAAAUAUAAGAAUUUGCUAAAUCUUUUCAACCGGAUGGAGAGUUCUAUAAGGUUGUUGCGCCUGAGGAAGAAGAUGGCUACAUUUAAGAACAUUGCAACCCAAGUGGAAGUACUCACAAAGAGCAAGUUCUUGUACGCUCAUUUGGCUCAGAUGAAACAUUUAUUCCCAGAAGCAAUCGAGAUAAAUAGGAUACUCUUACACGAUGAGAAAAGCCUGUGCAUGUAUGCUGACAUGGAAAUUAUACUUCGAAUGGACGCUGUGGAAUGCAGCAAUCCUGAUGAGUCCCCGUCCAUGGCAAUUUGCGAGGCUUUUCGUUCAAAGCUUUUGAGCUUUCUGGAAUCUCAUCAUAAGGACAUCAAUAUUCCUGAGGCCACACUACCAGCUCCCUUUGAUUCAAGUGAGAAGCUAUGUCUGGAGGCACCACAUAAUGGUCUUUCUAUCAAGCCAUUUCUUGAAAAUUCCUCUGAAAUUGGAUUUUCAAAUGCUUUGCACUUUCCACAAUCUUUCAAAAAGCUCACGUCCAAGAAAAUGAUUGCUGAAGGAACUAAAAAGACUCAACUGCUUUCUGAUCCAGUAGAAGUGACCUCCCUGAGUACUGAUGAUACAGGAGGCUCCAAUAAAAGCUCUAGUAAGCAUGUCCCCGUUCUAGUGAAGACCAAUAUUUCUGACACCCCAAACCGCCAUUUGAUCUCUUGCUAUCAAGAGAGUACACCAAAGCAAGGAACCUCAGAUUCACCGUUGAUGGCUGAAACACCAGCAAUGCAGACACCAAAAAGGCCAUUGCCUACUCCACUUGGGAAAUUCGAUACCUCAUGUAGGCAUGGUUCUGAAGCACGAUCUACCAGUUCGGCUCGCAGAUCACUAAUAAUGUUCUCAGCAUCAAAACUCGAUGAUGAAAGCCCUUCUGAUCAUGCUAUCGACACAUCAAAACUUGACAAGGAUGUCACUGAAGAUGAGGUUCCAACUGGAAAAUGCCUUUUCCCAGAAGAAACAUGCACUUCUAUUGACUUAUUGGUGGAAAAUGAUAGAGAAAAAACCAAUCAAGUACCCUCGACGAAUUCCCAGGAAAAGCUAGACUCUUUACGUGUCACGUUCGACAUAGUCUGCGGUAUCUCUGGAUCUACCAAGAGUUCGCUAAUCACUAAGCAAGAACUCUUUCACAAUAUUCUUGCUAAUAACUUGGAGAUAGAAGGGACAGGAGAGAUAGAAGAACAUUUGCAUAUUUUAGAGGAUCUGUCUCCUGAUUGGAUAUCUAAGAAGCUACGUGGUGAAGAAAUUCUGUACAGCAUUAAACAAAUACCAGAUCAGAAGUCGUUUCGUGAAAGACUAGUGGAAGUCAUUUGAGAUGAUAUGGUCGGUGCAAAUACCAGAUCAGAAGUCUGUGCAAAGCCUAAGAACCUAAUGAUCACGGAACCCUCUGGAUUGCGCUACUCAAAUGUCAAUCAGCAACAAGUGCAAAAAUUCUCCAUGCAUCUUUGAUCUAGCUGUUCCAUUUGACUGCUUACUUAAUGGUUGUGGCAGUUGAAUUCACAUCAUGGAGGACCGGGCCCUGCUUACUCAUUUGCUGGCAUGCUGUAAUGUAGAUAUGUGCUAGACACAUGAUUUUCUAUGAAAUUUAACUAGCUUUGGUAUCUGCUCUGUGAACACCACUUGAAAACAGUCUGCAAAUAUGAAUAUUAUGUUUGUGAU